AGGAAGGAAGGCCAUCAACGGCGUCCAUGGAGAUCAUUGAGAUUUUGAUUUUGAGGCCAUCAUCCACUCUCAUCUGAUGCUUCUUGAGUUCUGACUCUGUGUGAGUAAGCGUGAUUGUGGACUGCUAUGUACAUUGUAAAGGCAAGCCUACUGAAGCCGGCGGGAGUAGUAGGGAGGCCUCGUUGUGUUCCACGUCCUGCAUUCAUGUUUUGCGGGAAAACACUCGCAAUCUCAAAAUCGUCAUCGUCAUCAUCAUCUGCUCCCAUUGCUACUCAAUCUUCGCUGCUCCCUUCUGCCGUAUUGCCCGUUACUCCGGUCCUCAAACCUCUAGGGCUUCCCCCCUCCCCUGAAUUGGGCCUUCUCUCUCUCCUUUUUGUCCUAUCUACGGCUAUCGGAGCAAUAUUCUCCUUGGCUAUCAUUUCCAUUCCAACUGUAAAUGUAAACGAUUCUCCUUUUGGUUUGAGGUUUGAAUAAUCCUUUUCUCUAUUCCUAAUGUGUUAAUAUGAUCCAGGCUUUUAGAAAAUUGGU